CCCACCCCACACCACCAGCAAUACCCCAUCCCUAUGUUUAUUGUUGUUGAUUCCCCUAGUAUUUUCCAUAAAUAGAUGCUAAGUAGUACGAGCAGAGACAUCUCCAACCUGAAGAUUAAGGAAUAGUAAUGGGUUCAAUGGAGGUAGCUGCAAAUCAUAAGCCUCAUGCUGUAUGCCUCCCAUUCCCAUAUCAAGGCCACAUAAAGCCUCUCCUCAAAUUUGCAAAGCUCCUACACCACAGAGGUAUUCGUAUCACCUUCGUCAACACCGAAUACAACCACAGACGCCUUCUCAAAUCUUUAGGCCCCAACACCUUAGACGGCUUCAAGGACUUCCAUUUCGAAACCAUCCCCGAUGGCCUGCCGCCUUCGGAUUCAGCAGAUUCAACCCAAGACAUCUAUGAUAUCUGUGAUGCCAUUCAAAACAAUUUAUUGGCUCCAUUUCAAAGUCUCCUCGCCAAACUAAAUGCUGUUGCAGCUUCCAACAAUACCCCUCCUGUGACCAGCAUUGUCUCAGAUGGUUUUAUGAGCUUCUCAAUCACAGCUGCUGAAGAACUUGGACUUCCUAUUGUGUUGUUCUUUCCUACUGCUGCUUGUGGCUUCAUGGGAUUCAAGCAUUAUCGUGCUCUCGCCGAAAAAGGAUUUACACCUCUAAAAGAUGAGAGGUAUCUAUCAAAUGGCUACUUAGACACCGUCAUAGAUUGGAUACCGGGAAUGAAAGGUAUCCGUCUAAGGGAUCUUCCAACCUUUCUACGAACCACAAAUCCGAAUGACACUGCGUUUUCUUUAACAAGUGAAGCAACUGAGAGAGCACAUAAAGCUUCGGCAGUUGUAAUUCAUACUUUCGAAGCGUUGGAGCAGGAUAUUUUGGAUGCUAUCUCAUCCAUGAUUCCACAUCUCUACCCCAUUGGCCCUCUUCAGUUGCUUAUUAAUCAAAUAGAAGAAGACCCUUUGAAGUCUCUGGGAUACAGCCUAUGGAAAGAAGAAGCCGAGUGCAUUCCAUGGCUCGACACCAAGGCACCAAACUCGGUUGUUUAUGUGAACUUUGGGAGUGUGGUGGUCAUGACACCAGAGCAUCUUGUGGAGUUUGGUUGGGGACUUGCAAAUAGUAAGCAUCACUUCUUGUGGGUAAUUAGGCCGGAUUUGGUCAUCGGCGAAUCAGCAAUUUUGCCACCUGAGUUUGUCGCCGAAACCAAAGAAAGAUGUCUAAUAGCAGGUUGGUGUCCUCAAGAGGAAGUACUUAACCACCCAUCAGUUGGAGGGUUUUUGACACACAGCGGUUGGAAUUCAACCAUUGAGAGCGUGACAGCUGGAGUGCCUAUGCUCUCAUGGCCGUUCUUUGCGGAGCAGCAAACAAAUUGUUGGUAUACUUGCAAUGGAUUGGGGACUGGGAUGGAGAUUGAUAAUGAUGUGAAGAGAGAUGAAGUGGAGAAGCUUGUUAGAGAGUUGAUGGAGGGAGAGAAGGGUAAGAAAAUGAAAAGGAAGGCUAAUGAGUGGAAAAAGUUAGCAGAAGAGGCCACUGGUCCCCACGGUUCUUCAAUAAAAAACUUGGAUUUUGUGGUCAACAAUGUGCUUCAAGGAAAAUGCUAGAUGCAUGUGGUCUUAAUAAACCAGUACGUUGCUCAUUUUGGCUUCUGUAUGUUGGCUUUGUUAUGUGUUUGAAAUUGAUAUGAUUGUUGGUUUUGGUUUCAUAAAACUAAAAGAUUGUUAUUUUUA